GGGCGAUAUGCUGAGCGGAUUUGGGGAAAGAGGGAAAAAACUUCCCAGAAGCCACUGCGACCCGGGUGGGAUAACUCCCCCGGAGGAUUGUGGGGCGGGUAGCCUCGUUUCACUUGGAGGCCAAUGGAAGGGGGAAGAUUAAGGACUACGUGUUCCGACAUGCCCCGCGACGUCCCCCACCUUCUUCCCCCGGCCCCGGCUCCGGCCCCGGCCCCAGCCCAUGCUCGUUGGUGGCGGCGGCGGCGGCUCGGGGCGCGUGGAGCCUGCAGUCACGGUGGCGCCCGCAGGAACGGAGGAGGGAAUGAGUGAGGAGGAGCAGGGUUCCGGGAUCAUCACAGGCUACGGACUCCCCAGUAUAGAGCAAAUGCUGGCGGCCAGUCCUGGCAAGACCCCAAUCAGCCUUCUGCAGGAGUAUGGGACCAGAAUAGGGAAGACUCCUGUGUACGACCUCCUCAAAGCCGAGGGCCAAGCCCACCAGCCCAAUUUCACCUUCCGAGUCACCGUCGGUGACACCAGCUGCACUGGUCAGGGCCCCAGCAAGAAAGCUGCCAAGCACAAAGCAGCCGAGGUGGCCCUCAAACACUUGAAGGGAGGAAACAUGUUGGAUCCAUUUCUGGAGGAUGGAAGGAGCCCCCCAGUGGAGGUCAAGGCCCCAGUUUCUCCUCAGCAGUCUGAGUGUAACCCUGUGGGGGCUUUACAGGAGCUGGUGGUGCAGAAAGGCUGGAGGCUGCCCGAGUACACCGUGACCCAGGAGUCGGGCCCAGCGCAUCGAAAGGAGUUCACCAUGACCUGCCGGGUGGAGCGUUUCAUCGAGAUCGGCAGCGGCACCUCCAAGAAACUGGCCAAGCGUAAUGCGGCUGCCAAGAUGCUCCUGAGGGUGCACACUGUGCCCCUGGACCCCAGGGACGGGCCUGAGGCCGAGCCGGACGAUGACCACUUCUCCAUCGGCCUCGGCUCCCGCGUGGACGGCCUUCGGGGCCGCAGCCCAGGCUGUACCUGGGACUCUCUCCGCAACUCAGCCGGAGAGAAGAUCCUGUCCCUGCGGAGCUCCCUGGGCUCCCUGGGCCCCGGCUGUUGCAACGUCCUCAGUGAGCUUUCUGAGGAGCAGGCCUUCCAUGUCAGCUACCUGGACAUUGAUGAGCUGAGUUUAAGUGGGCUCUGCCAGUGCCUGGUGGAACUGUCUACACAGCCAGCCACGGUGUGCCACGGCUCAGCCCCGACCCGGGAAGCGGCCCGGGGGGAGGCUGCUCGACAUGCUCUGCAGUACCUCAAGAUCAUGGCUGGGGGCAAGUGAGUCCUCAGGGCCCGACUCCCGGCCAUCGUCGGCUCUGUCUGCCCCCCGCACCCACUGCCGGCUCAGCCCUCUGUGAUUCAGGAGUUGGGCUUCCAGCUCUGGUGCCUAGGAGAGGUACCUCUUCUACCUCUGACACAGACUCUGUCUGCCUUGAAGCCUGGGGAUGGGGGCUCCAAAGGCCCGCGCCUUUCCCCGGGUUCCUGAUCAUGUUGCUUAGGAAACUGAGUGAUUGGGGAGAGGCUCCUCCUCUUCCCUCCUCUCAAUAAACCUGGUUCUCCAA